GAACUGUCCCAAACAAGAGAGAAAAACAGUUUUCCGCACAAAGGAGCGUAAAUACUCCCGCUGUCGCCUUUAACGUCCGUCUCGGAGCCGUUCCUCCUCACAGCCGCGGAGCCGCCGCAGUGUUAGUCGUGCUGCUGAACAUGGUGUCACCUGUCACGGUAGUGAAGAGCGAGGGCCCAAAACUGGUGCCAUUCUUCAAAGCCACGUGUGUCUACUUCGUACUGUGGCUGCCCACCUCCAGCCCAUCUUGGUUCAGUGCCCUCAUCAAAUGUCUGCCCAUCUUCUGCCUAUGGGUGUUCCUGCUGGCCCAUGGUUUCAGCUUUUUAGGAGCCCAUUCCAAUGCUCGGAAGAUCCUGGCAGGACUCAUCUUCUCAGCGCUUGGUGAUGCUUUUCUGAUCUGGCAAGAGCAAGGAUACUUCAGCCAUGGUCUACUGAUGUUCGCCAUCACCCACAUCCUGUACUCCUCUGCUUUUGGGAUGAAACCACUCAACCUACGGGCUGGCCUGGUCAUCGGUACUAUAUCUGGCCUUUGCUACACCCUCCUCUACCCCUACCUCGCCGGCCCCUUCACGUACCUGGUGGCCGUCUACAUCGCACUCAUUGGCUUCAUGGGCUGGAGAGCCAUCGCCGGAGUCCAGCUGGCCAACGACCUGUGGACCUGGACCAAACUGUCUGCCUGCCUGGGAGCCGUCCUCUUCAUGGUGUCUGACCUCACCAUCGCCGUCAACAAGUUCUGUUUCCCCGUGCCACACUCGCGAGCCAUCAUUAUGGCUACGUACUAUGCAGCCCAGAUGCUGAUCGCCCUGUCGGCCGUGGAGUGCCAGGACGCUGACGUGGCUAGGAAGAGAAUGUCACAGCCUACUCAAGUGAUAACAGGGAGUCCGCUCAAAGGCAAUUGCACUGCACUGAGCCAUAACUUAGAUACAGCCGGUAAUUUGUCCUUCUCUCUGUUUUAUCAGCUUGUUUUGUGUCUGCUUUCUGCCUACUAACGUGUGGUGCAUCUGUUGACACUGUGGCAUUAAUGGCGACUUCUUUGUUUAACAUUGAUAGGUAGAACAAGCAAAGCUAGUACCUUACCUACUAUGUGCUCUUACACCAUCUUUAUGAUACUCAAGCAUAACACGACCAUAACGAACAGAUGGACAAUCCAGGAAUGAGCUGACUAAUAGAUAUGACCACUUUCUUAUUGUAUUUAUUUUGUUCUUUUUUUUGGUUGUUUGGUUGUUUUUUUGGCUUUUACUUCCUGUCUUUAAGUUCUCUUAUGGGUACGUGAAGGCUGGAGAUGCAUCCUCCAUUGUGCACAACACCUUACGCCACAAACUAUAUCCCAUUGUUAAAUUGCAGACAGCCUCAACACGCUUGAAGGAGAACGUUAACACCUGACUUUAAGCCCAGAUAAGUAAGAAUGAGUCAGAAUGUUUUACAGUUUCACAGCAGAGGAAGAAGAAACAUGGUGUUUUCUACGUUCACAUCCAUCCAAAUCAAAUGUGGUCAGCAGCACUAUAAACAUUGUACAGUUCGUUGCUGCUCUGUACGCCCAGGACGCUUUGUGUCGACGCGGUUUGCAUCAUUCAGUCAUCCAUCAAAAGGGAUCACCACCUGGUCUUCUCUCGCUGCUAAACAAGGGAAAACAAACUGUGAUGGAAAUGUUGGGCUUUUUAUGUGUUCAGCUGGUGCAAUGAAGUGGAGAAGGAAAAGGUUUUUUUUUUUUUUUUUUUUUUUUUUUUUUUUUUUUAAACAGUCUAGAGCACAAAGCCUUGCUGUGUACAUUAAGGUGAAGCAGCAGGCAGAUCCUUUAUAGGACAUUCAUGUUCUGUCACUCAAGCCUAGGUUGACAAUGUGUUUGUUAACCCUUCUCCCGCCCCCGCCAUCUGCACCAACAAGUACAAACACACAUCAUACACUCACAAUAUGGGCAUGCGAGUACUGUGUGUUCAUGUAUGAAUAAUAGAUAAGUAUCUUUUUUUUUUUUUUUUUGCACUUUAUGCAAUGUUAUUUCAGAAAAUAUUGUGGAAACAAAUUUCUUUAACUGGAUGAAAGUCAUUUCAUGCACAGUAAUGGUAAUGCUUUCUCCCUCAACACUAUCAUUGCAAUGUUGGUUGGCACAAGGGUCUGUUGGCUGAUUUACAGUAUCAGAACUGGCAAUCUGGUGUUUUCUUCCAAGCACAUUUGUUUUCUACCAAAUGAUACUGCAUUGUGGGUAGUUUGGAAAGUGGCUAGUGGUAGGUGAUUUUAAAUGUAUCGGAGGAGGCAUGCGCUUGUCCUGAACCUCUUAAUAUUGGGAGAAUUGCAAUAAUUGGGGGAGUCAUAGAGAAUGAAGGAGUUAAUUGGCUUGUUGUUCACUCACUCACUCACUCAUUGUCAAUCGCUUUAUCCAUUAAGGGUCGCGGGUGGGGCUGGAAUCUAUCCCAGCCGGCAUUGGGUGGAAGGCAGAAUACACCCUGGAUAGGCCGCCAAUCCAUCGCAGUGGCUUGUUGUUGUCUGAUUAAAAACCUGCUUUUGGAGCAUUUCUAUUGGACUAUCAACCAGAAAUUUAGAUACAAUUUUAAAAACAACUGCCUGACCUAUAUUACAAAAUUUAAAAAGUACAAAGCAACAAAAAGCUGAGAAAGGGGGUGUUUUUGCAUGACCAUGGCAAUAUGUCUGAGGUUUAUGAAAUUCUGCAUUGGGCUGUACUUGCACACGCAUAUAAUCCAGCUUUGCUUGCCCAAGCACCAUUGCGUCCCACUGGUUCCUUCACUGCAGCCCCGAGAGAAGUUUCGUAGGCUAUGCCUUUCCUAUCACUCGUUGCUGCUGUCAGCAAAAGAUUUGCUUGGUCAGACUAAAUGGCGUCAGUGGCAGCACUGUCAGCAAAAAAGAAUGUCUCCAAGCCAUCAUGUGUUAUCCUGCCAAACACGACGUUUAGUAUCUGUCUGAAGAAGAGACCAAGCAUUUAGACAACUGACAGAGGUUACCACAGGUCAAGCUGUAACCAACUGUCAAAGCCACUUCUCCUUCCCCUCCAACAGCAGGCCUGUUAUUCAGAUAUAAGCUCUUAAAGCUUACUAUCUGGUCACUAUGUAUUCUACAAAUUAUGUGGUGACUACUUUGAAAGGAACCAAAUAUACAGUAUAUGUCGUGGUGUAAAAAGAGGAUGAGACCCAUUUAAAUAGAUGUAUGUAGAACCAUUUUAAAGCUAAUCUUUAUUUGUCAGAUCUGUAGCAUAAGGUCAUGCAAAUAUGUUUGUAUGUAUAAUAAAAGCCAAUGGACAGAUGCAGAAUGUUAUGACUGAGCUGCUGGUUAGGGGGGGUGUAAGGUUUAGGGGUGGCCAAAGACCUAGAACAAAAAUCUUGCCCUGCAUAUUUUAGGCCGUGUUCACAUUUCCAAGCUUAAAUAAACAAGCAUAGAUGAAGGACCACACACAAAGUGCUUAGGAUUUUUUUUUCAGGGCUGUGUGGACAUGUCAGAUCACAUUUUUUCAAAUCAGAUUUGAGUCACUUUAAUAUAUAAUCCAAGAUUGGACGUCUGAUUAUUGGUUGUGCAGCAUUAGAGAUUUGUCCGUAUGAAUGUUGAGAGAAUUCAAAGAUAUUGCAGACUCUACAGCCUGGUAAUGUGAACAUGUUUUCCCUGCUUCCAAAUCAUACCUGAUACAGCUAGAAUCCUUUCUUGUUGAUGGUUAUUUGUUAAGUCAGAAAACCACUACAUUGUGCAGGAAAGGGGGUUCAGAACCAGUGAUCUAUUCAGUGAACCACUAUUCAGAUGAGAUUAGAUUUACUUGGGUAGUUGUAAUGUAAUAUGACCUGUGUUUCUGAGUGAGGGCAGUCCUUUUAACAGACUGGGUGCCCCUAUACCUUCAGUUAAACACGUUGUAGGAAUUUAUUUUUAUUUAUGCUAUGGCAUAAAAAUACUGAGCAAUUUUCCAUUAUACUAAACAUUCCAUUUUAUUAUUGUUUUUAAUCUAUUACAUGUGUAGAUGGAAAACCUUGGCUUCUUGGGUUAAGAGUCAGUGGAUUGUCUGUCUAAUGUGCUGGUUACAUUUUAUGGAACCAAAAGUGGUUCUUCUAUGGUAUCACUCAAAGAAUAAUUUGUAGCACCUUUAUUUUCUUUAUCAGAGUAGUAAACGACUGUGGUUGUCAGACCUUAUGCUAUGGAUUCAGCAAAUUGACAAGUGCAGAUCAAUUCUUUACAAAAUAAUUAGUGAUAAGGGCUGGGAACAGUGUUCUGCGGAUGUUCUUCAAUCAGACCUAAGUGUGUUUUAUAGAGCUUGGUGGUGUUAUGUGUGAUAUUGCUGUUAUACGUGAACAAUGCAAGGAUUUAAGGCCAGUGUGCAAAUCUGCAGGAACUGGUGUGGUCCAUGCAGAUAAACUAAUCUAAACUAAGCUAAGCUAAGCUAAGCCUCUUCUCUGUUUGCAGAAAGUAAGCGCCACUCAAGCUCCCCUGCAUGCGUCUCCCUUGGGGGCUAGUUAGGCAGAGACAGAGGACACCAUACCUCCCCCACACAGCCUCCCCCUUUGUCUACAGGGCUGUCCUGUUAUAGGAGAACAGGUGCAGGCAGACAUGUGGCACGGAAACCCAAUCUUUAUAGCGGAGCAGUCAGUGGGCGAGAUGAUGCAGGACAUCAGAGGGACAGAAGAGUCCCUUUCCAUCUGUCCUCGAACCCUCAGGAGGCACUGUUUUACCCCCCAGAUCUGCUGAUCGUUUUACCCUCCCUGUCAGCACUUUACUGUUCCUUCUUUUGUGUGUGCUGACAAAGGAACAGAGGAGAAAGCAGUAUUGAUGAGUGUGAGUUUAGGGUGAUCUGUGCUGGUGCUGAGGGGGAAAGGAAAGCAUCAGUAGAGUAGGAGAGAGAAAGACAGUGUGAGACUAUACAACAUGACUAGCGCACACCCUUGUCUUAUCGAGAUUGAUAUGCACUUUUUCUGUUUUUGUUUUUGUCUUGCUGAAAUGCCCUUUCUCUACCGCUGUGUGUAAUAUGGUCACUUUUGAUAUCUGAUUGAUGGUUUAUAUACCAGAGUUCUGUUUUCUUGCCAUUUAUAACAAUCGAGAGUGAUUUACAUAAAUACAUAGUGAUAAAUACUGAUGACUCUUCAAAAUAAAUGUAUUAAAAAAUAUUUUUUAUCCAAAGCAAUGCCAUAGAACAGUGGUCACCAACCGUCCAACCAAUCCAAAUCCAACACACGUGACUCACCUUAGCAUGAGCUGCACUCCAUUCCAUAGGGUCUCUAAGUAGUACCUCUAUAUUCUGUACCAACAGAGCAUAUAUAUAUAUAUAUAUAUAUAUAUAUAAUCAGUUUAGGAAUAUGCAGCUUUGUAAUGUAUUUGUCAAACACCUGCUCUUUAAGAGACAUGCAAUGAUAACAGGUGGUUAUCACUUUGCUUUCUCUCCAACAGAACAUCUUCUCUACCUUCUCUUUACAACAGAGGUGCUAAUACCUGGUCCUGGGGAUCUACCACCCCACAGGAUUCAGAUCCAACCCACUGGCUAAAUAUACAGACCUGUGUGUUAUAUUAGGGUUGGAUUUACUGGGUUAUUGUGUAUUAGGACUGAUCUACUGUAUGUCACCUCUGGUCUGGUCUUGACUAAACUGUAUUCUGUAUCUUUAAAAAGCAGUCCAAGCUGAAACACUCCUUACAGCUUCAGAAUGAUGGGCUGAGCUAAGCUACUAUACACAAAAUAGGCAAAAUUGUGUGAAUGUAAGCGUAUAGCAGCUUAGAUUCAUCUUGAAUAUAUUUUGAAGCUUUUGUAGUGUUUACAAACCAUAUCAAACUCAGAAAUUUCUUUAAGAGUUAAGGUGAAUGGUCUGUGAUUGAGAUAAAGCAACUGAUUUGUGAAGGCAAUAAUCAGAUUAGAUUAGAUAUCAGGUAAUUAUUCGUGUUUAACUUAAACCCUAAUUCAAGUUAAAACAACAUUAUGUAGCAUUUGUACCUUAAAAUAUCAGCUCUACUAACUUGUGAUGGUGAAAAUAGCUUCUAUGUUCUAUUGCUAAUCCAGGCUCAGCAUGCUAAUAACUAAAGUAUGUAACUGUGAAGCAGGUUGUUGUGUAAAAUCUUGUAACAUUACUCUCCUGCCUCAAUCCACAUUCUUCUUUUACUUUAGGUGACAGUAUCUCUCAGCUUGUCCAGAAAUGUGUGUUUUUAAAGCAUAAAUUACACUUUCCAACUGUAGCAGAAGCCCAAAAGCAGGAAAUACCAAUCCUCUUUUAUAAUACUACUCUUUAGGAAGAUACGCACAGUAGAUGCGCAUGAGUAGUGUUGGUGACCACAGCUAUGGAGUAACUAUUUUUGGAUUAAUAAAGAACAUUUCAAUCAAUGUUUAUAAACAAUUUUACCUUAAAGUUUUAAAACAAUCAAUAUACUGUAAUGGAUAUUAGUUUAAUGUUUUUAAAUGCCAACAACCUUUAAGACACCUUUGUUUUUGAGAGUGAACAGUUUGGUUUGAUAUUCAGUAAGUUGAAAUACUAAGUAAGAAACUAGAGCUGGUUCUGGUUUUACACUUUAGUAUUUUCACGCUUCUCUAAAUAGCUGAGAAAAUGAUCAUACUAUCAUUUGAGUGUUAGCUGUAUCAGUCUUGAUACACAUCCGUCUUUCACUGGGAACAAACCUGAGGAUACAAAUAGGAAUCGAGCAGAAAACGACUUGCUUGAUAAACCUGUGUACGUUCAUUCAUUCCUGCACAGAGCCUGACUGUGGGCUUUUGCAUCACUGGACCUCUUUUUGCCUUUCUCGAGCCGAGUGCUGUGAGAAGAUGCUGGCCGGCGCCUUCAUCUUAAGACUGAAUCAAAUCUCAGAGUUCAUCUUGGUCCUGCCUUACAUUUAAACACUUGUAUGGGAAAUAUAAUAAUGAUACAAUGCUAUAACAGAUAUAUUGCUUGUUUGGUGCUGUUCUCAUCAUUGGUUUAAUACACACACACACUUACUGUAUGAUAGAAACGUCAUAUAUAUAGGGACCAAGAUGAAUUCAGAAGAGGCCUCUAGACACAAAUGAGGUGUGAGAUAUAUGUAUAUUUUUCUGCUUUGUUUUUGGCUACAAUACAAUGUAACAGUGUGUAUCCAUUGGGAAUAUUACAAUCUUACCAGUUGUGGGACUGUGAGUGCAGUCCCUAAAUGAGUGCAGUGGUUUAAGAUUAGCUACAAAAAGCUACAACACGUUUCAAGGGAAAACAGUUUAGUUCUAAUAUAUUAUUUUUUAGGCUAUAUUAUUACAUUGUAAAGUUGACAUUGUGCUGUGAAUGACUUAUUGUUACUUUUGCUAAAUAGUUUGAAUAUUUAUGCCUUAUUAUCAUAAAUGUUCACUAGAUUUAUAAUUUGUUUUGUUCUGUUCUGUAGAAAAUGACCAUAUUGCUCAUUUCCUGUAGUGAAAUUGCUAUGAAUGUGAUUCAAUCUAUAGAAUAAAUAAAUGCAAUUACAAUGCAACCGACA